AUGUCUUCGAACGGCGGACCUGGAGUGUUUAAUUUCUUCACGACUGCAGACACACCGCGCUCCAGAAUCGCCUACAACAACGACGAAUACAGACAGAACGCUCUCAAACUCAGGUCGGAGAGUGAUUGGUUUCGAGAAGACAGCACAAACGCCAAAACUACCACAACGCAGUUGACAUCUUCCCGUAGGAAACAACUUUCCGGAUUUCCGGAUGGAGUUUUGAGAGAGGGCCAACAAAAAGGGUGUAUUGCAGUUGUCAGACCGGCCAGUGCCGCUUGGUUCAUUGGUGAGGGACAUUUUGAAGAUGGAGGUGUUGGCGCGGAUGGCUCAAAACCAAUCAGACCAAUGAGUGGCAAGGGGCUGGUCAGCCCAGACGCAAAGAACAUCCAGAAGAAGUUGGAAUCUCGCAACCAACACGUUUGGUACAAACACGGACCGGAAGUUCCUGACCCACUUCCGCCAUGUCAGAGGAAACCCAAAUCUCGUCGUGGUGACUGUCGUGUGGCCAAGGAACGUCUGCACGACGGAAACCCGAACAACUGGUUCAGACACGAUGAAAAUAAAGACGAUGAUGGUGGUGUAAGUCACAGAAGGAGCGUUUCGUUGUCGGGUGGGGUGAGCCCUGGGGCCACCGACUUGGUCGUCUUUGAUGGGCUUGAUCAGAUGAGUGCAAGUGUGAGUGCGGCAAAGAAUAACGUUAAGAGAGGAACUAAACAGUGUCCGUCACGCGAGUUUGUGGGCUCCCUAACGUGGCUUCUAAAUGAAGACCCGUCAAAGACAUCUCAACAGCAGAAACAACGUCAGCAAGAAUUCAAGAACUACGAUUUCAAGAACCGAUCUCCAAUUUUUAAGAGUUCGCCAGAAAUCGCCCACUACCAGAAAAGGAACCAGUCAAUUCUAUGGCAAGUAGAUGAAUCGAAAAACAAACAGCCGGUCAGAUUCUCGAAAGGGAAAGUCCAGGAUAACUGCAAGCUAAAAUUGAACGAUUCUGAAAACUGGUUCUCGCACGUUUCUAAGACAGCAGCAACUCCGUCAAACAGUAACCAUUCCGACAUUUUAAACGAGGCUAUCGCCAUUGAAAACCACCCCAACGACGAAACAAAAAACGGAAUGAGGAAUGGAAAGGCGAAUAACUCCAACCAGCCACAUCUCACAAAAGUCAGCCCCGGCAUCCAAAAUAAAAACUUAUUCACUAUUGGAUCGGAAAAGGAUGGCAACAAAUUGUCGAGUCAGUUUCAGUUGGAUUCUCUCAACAGCCCAACGCCCAAUGACGCCAAACUUGACGAAAUAAAUGGAUUGUCUAGUGCCAAAAAGCCCUCCAACGUUCAUUCAAAUAAUGACUUCAACAACAACAACAGCAACAGCAACAACAACAACAACACCAACUACAGCAACAACAACUACAGUUACAGCAACAAAAAGAAUGCGACCAGUAUUAAUAGUUCAAAUGAUAAACUCUUCGAAAUUGACCUAACCUACAACGAUUUCGAUUUACAUUCUGUUAAAAACAUCAACACAAAAUACAACAACAACAACAGCAUCAAUAACAACAAUAAAAACAACAACAACUUCAUCGUUAAUAAUCUAAACACCAACAACAGCGUCAAAAAACUGUCUAACGUCUCAAUCGAUGCCGAUUAUGACGCGCUUUUCAACAACAACAUCAACAACAACAACAACAGCAACAUCAACAACAACAACAACAGCAACAUCAACAACAACAACAACAACAGCAACAUCAAUAACAGCAGCAACAACAACAAUGUAACCAAAAAAGGAGAGUUUCCCAACGCUGACACUAAAAUUAGUAAUGGGAAUUUUCGACAAUUCGUUCGUCUGGAUAAAUUUCUCGAUGAAUCUUGGAACACUCCUCCGCCUGAUAAUGAUGCUACGUUUUAAUAAUAAUAAUAACAAUAAAUAAUAAUAAUAAUAACAAUAAAUAAUAAUAAUAAUUAUUAUUAUGAUCAUAAUAAGCAGUGAUAGCCUUAAUGAUAACGUAAUAAAAAUGUAGCAAUAGUAGUAGUAAUGAUGAUGAUGAUGAUGGUUACGAUGACGACGAUGAUCAUGAUCAUGAUCAGGAUAACUUAUUUUAAAUCUAGAUAACUUAAGAAGACAAAAAAAUAUAUUUGGAAAAAAAUAAACACAAAAUCAGUUCGAAGAGUCUUAAUUGUCAAUUUUACCAGCUGAAAUUUUUUUUUCCAUAUUUUUCGAGAACUUCCUUCUAUAAUCCAUCCUUUUUCAAUUUAAUUGUGAAAAAUACAUUGCCUUUAUGAUCUAAAUGCUAAUUUUCGUAUCACACACAUACACAAACACACACACACACAGAUACAAACAUACAUACACACAUAUUUAUGUAUAAUGCUUCCAUGAUUUGGGUAUUAAAUCACAUUUCGUUGAGUUAUUUGUAAUAUAUUUACAAACACACACACACACACACCUCCCCACACACACACACCUCCCCACACACACACACGCAUACAUACACCACACACACCACACACACACAUACACAGUCACACAAAGACAUAUUUUUUUCAUCUAUGAAUAAAAAUGCCUUUUUUACAUUAAUAUCAUUUAUAUUGCUUUAUGAGCGCGCGCACACACACACGCACACACACAUACAUACACAUACAGACAAACAAAUAAUACAGAAUCGCGUUUUUAAUUUCUGUAUAUCAAAUAGAGAUAGAUGAUUAGUCAUCCUUUUUUUGUGCUUUUGGUUUCAUGACUUGGCCGUUUUUCGCAUACAUGUAUGUGUUUGUAUGUUUGUAUGUAAGUCUGUAUGUAUGUAUGUCUGUAUGUAUGUAUGUAUGUGUGUGUCUGUUUGCUUGUUUGUUUGUUUGUUUGUGUGUGUGUGUUUGUUUGUGUGUGUGAAUGUGUGUAUGUGUGUGUGAGUCGGUGUGUGUGCGUGUAGCGUGAAUUAACUUAAAAUUAUUUGUUAUUUGGCAUUGGUUCUUAUGAUUUUUAUAGUAGUAAGAAUAAUAAUAAUAAUAACAAAAAAAAAUAAUAAUAUUAAAUAAAAAUCAACAAACAUCAUAGUAAAAAAUACAGCUCUCAAAUACAACACAUGGAAAAAUACCAAAAAGACAUUAAGACAUUAGAGGCAUUUUUGUAUUUGCUUAUGUGGUGAUUAUUGGGUAUUUUGAAAGGUAUUUGUAUAAGACCUAGGUAUGAAAAGUACAAAAUUUUGUGCCUAUUUUAACAGAUAUUUUGAAUUUCUUAAUUUUAUAUUCAGUUUUGGCUAGCUUAAUUUAAACUUUUUUGGUAUUGUUGGUUGUGUUAAUUUAAAAAAAAUAUAAUGUAUUCCAAAAA